GAUCCACCUCGAGAGAAGCCUCUCUCUCUCCUCCAUCUUCAUCCGCCGUCACAAUCACCGUCCCGAUGAGAGAGGAUAAUCCGAGUUGGUUCGUAAGAUGGGAGGAGGAGCUCCCGUCGCCGGAAGAACUCAUACCAAUCUCUCAAACCCUUAUCACUCCUCAUCUUGCUCUCGCUUUCCAAAUCGGAACUCCCAACAACCUCAAGAAAACCGCCGGAAAUUAUCACCAGAAGCUUCAAUCCGUCGCCACGCCGACGCCGACGACAACUCCACCGCCGUUGAUGAUGAACUCUGAUUUCGGCGGCGAAUCAACGGAUCUCGGUUCGGGAUCAAUCGGUGGAGGAGACGAGCCAGCAAGAACGCUGAAACGACCGCGUUUAGUCUGGACGCCUCAGCUACACAAGCGGUUUGUGGACGCGGUUGGACAUUUAGGGAUCAAGAACGCAGUUCCCAAAACGAUAAUGCAGCUGAUGAGCGUCGAAGGAUUAACGAGAGAGAACGUAGCAAGUCAUCUUCAGAAGUAUCGUCUUUACCUCAGGAGGAUGCAGGGAGGAGGAGGGAACGGUAAUAACGGUGCCUCCGGAGGACACGUCAUCGUCUCCGACUCGGCCACUGAUCGGCUCUUCGCGAGCUCUCCGGUUCCGGCGCAUUUCUUGAACCCGGUUCGGGUGAAUUCUGAGUACUUGAUGCCGCCAUUGAUGAAUCCGUAUAUGGGGAAACAUGCGAUGAAUCAUCAGCAAAACCAAGUGGUUCGUAAUCUCAGGUAUGAAGAUUCCGAUUAUGGUAAUGGAGAUGGUGGCAGGAAGAUUCUUAAGCUCUUCCCUGCGGGGAAUUAAUGGGAUUUGAUAUUAUUAUUAUAACUUAAUAUUUGUUGUGGAACCAAUAAUGUUUGGGGAUUAUUAUCUGUGUAAUUUGCAUUUUUCGUCAGGUUUAUUAAAUGUAUUGUUAGUGUAUAUUUUUUUUUCUUUACAC